AUGGCCGAGUUUUCCACUAAUAGGCUCUCUGGAAAGUUGUUUGCCACUGCGACAGGAGUCAUUGUUUUGUACGGAGCCGUCAAGCGUGUCACCGGUCGACACGAUUGGGACCCAUGGCCUCUGCCAGAAGGACCCUGGCCGAAGAGCGACUACUCGUGGGAUACCAAGGACACCGACCAUCCAGUGUUCGGCUGGCUAUUCCAAAUCCACCUCAAGGUCAACUAUGCCCUCAACUGCAUUGAAGGUGUCGGCAUAGGUGUCGUUCGACUUGCCUUCUUGUUCCUCUUCCGCAAGCUCUUUAGGCACCAAGGGCGCCGAUACAUAAUCCUGAUAGAUGUCCUUAUUGCAUUUGUGGCGGCCUUCAUGCUAGUAUAUACACUGGUCGCUAUCUUUAUGUGCGGCAUACAUUUUGAGGCGCAGUGGACCAACCACGACACGUCAAAGCAGUACUGCUUCACGUCGAUCACUUACAGCUUUUGGGUCUCUGUUGUAACGGCUAUCCUCGACAUGACCGUUUUCCUGGUACCAAUGUACCCACUGUCCAAAAUCACAUCAACGUGUACGCACCAAGCUGAGAAGGGCGUCCAAUCUUGGGGGGAUGUUACUGACCCUUCCGCGCUCUAG